AUGCCAAUAACGGACAAUGGGACCCACAAUGUUGUGGCCUCUUUUAUCAUUGUUGGGUUUGAAACCCUGAGAGAUGUAGAACUUUUUCUCUUCUUCCUCUUCUCCAGCAUGUAUGUCUUCACAAUCACAGCCCAUUUCCUGAUUGUCACACUAGUGGCAGUGAAUCGAAAUCUCCACAAACCCAUGUACAUACUUCUGGCCAAUUUCUCCAUGCUGGAGGUCUUGUACACCACAGUGACUGUUCCUAAAAUGCUCAAUGCAUUGUUUACCCAACACAAGGAGAUCUCUUUAUCAUCAUGCAUAGCCCAGUUUUACUUCCUGUUCAGCUUUGGGGGUGUAGAAAACUGUCUUCUUGCUGUGAUGGCUUAUGACCGUUAUGUGGCCAUCUGCAGACCGUUGCAUUAUCCAACUCUGAUGUCUGGUAAGACCACCUUGAGACUGGGUCUUGGAGCUUGGGUAGGUGGUCUCCUGGCUCCUUUUCCACCUACUGUAUGGAUCUCUACCUUGAGGUUUUGCUUUCCCAAUUUUAUAGACCACUUCUUUUGUGAUUAUGCACCUCUGCUGAAGCUCUCCUGUGAGGACACUUCAAAGGGUGAGUUUGUCUUCACUGUCAUAUCAUGGAGUGUUAUCUUGGGCUGUUUUCUUCUGAUCAUGAUAUCCUACACCUUCAUUGUCGUUGCUGUUCUAAAGAUCCAAUCAAUUGAAGGGCAGAAGAAAGCUUUUAUUACAUGUGCAUCCCACUCAGCUGUGGUGUCCAUCUUCUAUGGGAGUAUCAUCUUCAUGUACAUUCGACCCACUUCCCACAUCCGCUUUACAAUGGACAAAGUGGUUUCUGUCUUCUACUGUGUAGUUACCCCUCUCAUAAAUCCUAUCAUAUACUGUCUUCGGAACAAGGAGGUGAAGGUAGCUGUCUUGAAAACUUGGCGAUUUUUGGAAAAUAUGAGACUUCAGAAAUGUCGAAGGUUUGGAUGACAGAACAUAUCAGCAAACAAGACUGAU